UCUCUUCAUUGUUUCCUUAACCUUUCUUUUUUAUUAUUUCCAAUAGCAGACGGAGAGAGCAUGGGUGAUUACAUAGAGCUUAGUGAGAAGUUAAACUGCCCAGCUGAUGGUGUAUUUGAGUUCUACCGGGGACGAUGCUACCGCUUCCCAACAAUCAUGCCUACCGUGUUUAAGGAGGUGAAACUGAUCAACGGUGAAUGGGACGCUGAAGGCUCAGAAAGGAACUGGACUUUUGUUAAUGCAGCUAGUUGCGGAAGCUGGAUGGACACUGUGGGACCCAUCGACACCGAGAAUAAGUCCAUCAAGUGGACUUUGUUGGCCGGAGACGUGCCGCUAAAGUCUUACAAGAGCCUGUCGGUGGUCCACCACUUCUCUAUCAGCGAAGGGGGCUGCGUGGCAAAAGUGGUUCUGACUUUCGAGAAGAAACACGACCAUGGUCCCGUUCCCAUCGACUACAUGAAAGUCCUCGUGACAUGCUCCGCGCAGUCGAGAGUACGUUCAAAAUGAUACGCAUUGAAAAAUAUGCUUAAAAUGGUAAAUCAAUAAAUUUAAGUGGUGACGUACCACGUGUGGUGUGGUUGAAGUUUUAAAUAAAUGCUUUGGAAGCGCGCAAGGAUGUUUAACGGUAAAACAACCAGGGGCACUACUGCUGCUGGUCGGUUGAUUGUCCGGCAUAUUGCCUAAUAAGUGUGUAAGGUUUCACGAGUGCACGGUGUUGUACUCCAAUUUAAAUAUAUAAAUAUAAGUAAUGCUUUGUGUGUCUAAGUUCA